AUGUAUUCCAAUAAACAAAACAGCAACUCAUCUUCUGGAGGCAACUCACAGAGAAAUGAUAUUCUUCCAACAUUGCCCCCAUUAGUUACCAGAGAAUCAUUUUUAGAGAGAUAUGAAAUUAAUGAUGAAUAUUAUACAACUCAAGAUACUAUACUAACACAUAAUACAGAAACAUCACGCAUUACACCUAUCAAAGACAAAGAUCAAAACUCUUUCAUAAAAUCAUCAUGGACCUUACCAGAUCUUGUGCCUCAAAGAAGGGUCAAUAAUUAUUCUCCUUUAAAUAACCGAUCUCCCAGCAUGGAAAGUCCUAGAAACAAUAAAAUAUAUUCACCACUACAAAGUCGAACUCGUAGGCCACCACCUCCACCACAAUCACUCCAAUCGUCAUUUAUAUCUACACAGUAUAGUAGUCAGUCAUCUCCACUUAAAAAAAAUUCGAAUAUACAUGAACAAAUAACACCAAAUGAUUACAUCAUAAAACUAAGUGAUCUGAAUUUACAAGACAAUUCUCAAAGUUCUGAAGCGUUUACUAAACCACCACAAGUGCCUACUACAUUGCGUGAUAUAAGUGGGUUGAGUAGAGUCUCGGAAAGUAUAGAUAGUUGUUAUUCUUAUGCAAGUUACACUUUUAAUGACUCUUCUGCAAGACAUAGUAGUUAUAAUUCAUUACUGGGUGGUAGACCUUUAGAAGCUGCACCAAGUGUGAUUGUUCCAACACAUCCUUUUAACAUCUCAGAUCUAGAUGAAAAUAAAUUAUAUCAAUGUUAUUCAGUUUAUAGAUUAUCAGAUAUAUAUGAAUGGAUUUUAAAAGUUUACUUCGAAUGGUUUACAGAGUAUAUCUUUGGUCAAUUUGAAUUUUAUCAAAUGAUUCAAAGAUUACUGGAAUUCCAAAUUCCAGCAAAUUUUGACCAAGAUUUAAUUGACUCAAACGUUGAUAGAAUUAUAAACUCAUUAUUAAUACAGAAGGCCAUUAGGUUCGAACCUAAUAUCAUUUUUGAAAAUGAUGAAGAGACUACAGAAGAAAGUACAAUAAGUAAUAUAACGGUUGUUACGGCUGGUCUUGACAUCCAAGGUAUAUUUACUGAGCUUCUUCCGUGUUAUUCAUUUGACGAUACAAUCCAAAAUGAACUUUACAUUAAAUGCUACUCUACAAGUUGUCAUAGUAGAUCAAUGACCGUUUCUAAAAGAGAUGCAGUUUCUUAUUCCAACAUCAUCAAUAAAUCAGUUGGAGUAUGGGCUGAUUAUUGGAAUCUUACUGAAGAAAAUUUAGGAAAUAUUAAUCCCAGAGAUGUACAAAAACAAAGUUUUAUAUUUGAUUUAAUAAUUUUAGAAGAAAGAUCAUUAAAUAUGGCAAAUGCAGCCGUAGAAAUAUAUGGGAAACAAUAUGACCCAUCUUUAUUACCUGAUGAACCUAAUUUUGCCAGUUUAGCAUUUGAUAUAUUUAUCCCUUUAAUUAAUUUACAUACAGAACUUUUAUUAAACCCUAUCAAUUGGAAAAUUAAAACAAAGGGAAAAUUCAUAUCUGGUAUUGGUAAGUUAUAUCUGAAAUGGUGUCACGAGGCUCAUGAUGCAUAUAUAAAUUAUGCAAGAGCAAUGGCUACGGUUCACGACAUUAUAAAAUAUGAGAAGAAAAAGGGAAGCCCAUUUGCAAAAUGGUUAAAAAUGAUAGAUAAUAGUCCGGAAAUUACACGUUCUAAGUUAUACCAUGAUGUUAUCUUUUUCGGUGGCUUUUUUAAAUCAUUACAGAAUUUACCUAUUACAUUAAAAUCAAUUCUUAAAAAUACUGAUCCUUCAGAUGAAGAUCAUGAAUACAUAUCGCUCGCUACUAAAGAAAUUGAAAAACUAAAUGAGGAAGUUGAUAGAGUCCAUGGAGAUGCAAUAGAUCAUAGAAAUCUUAUAAGGUUCUCCAGACAACUUAUGUUUGAUAGCAGAAAACAACAAAAUACUACAGGCUACUCAAAUCUAUCGACACCCUUAUCAGCUACUGAACAUUCAAAUAAGGCCAAUUCUUUAAUUGAGGAUAAAUUGGAUUUAGGGUUGUUAAACAACGAAAGGAAAUUAAUUUAUUCAGGCUCAGUUUAUAAGAAGAGAGAGAAUUGGCUGGAUUCCACUUCAGUAUAUAUUGCAUUACUAGACAACUAUUUUCUAAUAACAGAAAUCACUGUUAAAAAUAAUAAAAAUUGGUAUAAAUUGAUUGAAAGGCCUAUACCAAUUGACUAUUUAAGUAUUGAAAAAAAAAAAAGAUCGAAAAAAAGAGAAAGCUGGCACACAGAUCAAUCUUCAACAAAUAUUCAGACAGAUAACAUUAAACAAACACCAUUGACUGUAUCAAAAACUACAAAUUUCAAUUCUACAAGUCAAAGAGUAUUCUUUAAUUCAGAUAUUAAUAGUUUAACAAGUAGUGAUUCAAAUAAUGAAAGUGAUCCCGAUACAUUAACUUUUAAAAUCAGAAAUACAGCAACGAAUGAAUCAUUUACAUUUAUUACUUCAUCUAUAGUAGAAAAGGAAAUAUGGACCACAUCAAUUUUGAAAACUAUCCAAAAAUCCAAAGAACGCAUUCAAAAUGUAGUUGAAUUUGAAAUAUUAAGUGCCAGAUUUGCCUAUACAGAGAGAGAAGCACCCUUAAGCUUACCAGUUGCUAUAGAAGGAUCUGAAAUUGAUAUUGCUUUAAAGAAAUAUGAAAAGAAAGUUAAAAAGGAAGUAAACCUACCAUUAACCUGCACCAUCUCUGCCAGUACUAUGUUCAUUUAUGAAGGGAAAAGUUUUAUACUUGUUGCAUGCAAUUAUGGGGUAUUUUUGAGACUAGAAAAUGGAAGGGACAGUAACUUUCAAAAGGUAGUUGAGUGUGAUUGUGUGACAAAAGUAGAGGUGAAUUGCAAACUUGGGAUACUUUUCAUUCUAAACAAUCAUAAUCUUCUCUACUUUAGUUUGGCUAGUAUAUUAGGCGCCUAUUAUGAUAAAAACAAAUAUAUAUCAGAUAAUACAAUUAUUGGUAUAGUCAUCAAGGAUAAAGUAGACUGUUUUAAAUUUGCAGAAGAUUUUGGUAACUCCAAACAUUUAAUUUUCACAAGAAAAGGCAAGGUCUAUGUUUUGACUCCUGAAUUUGAUCGAAUUAGUAGACAAUUAAAAUAUUUCAAAGAAUAUAAACAAUAUCGAUUACCUACAGGCUUAGUGAACAUUGAAAAUAUCUCUGUAUCAAAAAUUGUCUGUUUUAAAAAAUCAUUUGUUGUUUGUACUUCGAAAGGGAUAAUCUUAUUUUUUGAUGAGUUUUGUGAUGAUGGAAUAGCUCUUCCUAUCAUUGUGGAUGUUGCAGAAUUUACAGAAUCGUUAAAUAAAUUAAAAUUUGUAAAAUCGGUGUUUCAUGAAAAUAACCCAUUAUAUUCUUCUGCAGAUAUUCUAAAGUAUCAAAAACUGAAAAAUAUUCUUAAAGAAAUUUAUACAACUGGAGGAAACCCCUUAAAUUGUUUUCAACUUAACAAUGGCAAAGAUUUCAUUCUAGUAUAUGACAAGGUUUUAAUUAAAAUUAAUUGCCACGGAAUUCUAGAUAACUGGAAACAAAAUGUCUUGAUGUUGGAUUUUUACUGUACAAAUACUAUUUUAUUUGAAGGUUAUGUGCUUUUAAUGUCAGAAAGUUUGAUUCAAGUAUAUGAUAUCAAUAAAGCCAUGGAUAUUCCAUUACAAGAACUCAUUCCAUGCCAAAUAAUUAAAGGUAAAAAAAUAUAUCUGUUAAAUGAUAAUCUUAAUGAUAAUGCUGUAAUAUUAAAAUCAAGUCAUCCAAAUAUACCUAAUAGACAAUUAUUAUUAAAAUGUAACAUUACAAAUUACUAG